CGGCGACAGCGCUCAAUCGCCGACAUCUCACCGUCUUCUACAAACCCCAUGCGCGUAGGAAAAUUCCACUAUCCAAGGAUCGAUUAAACAUCGGAAAGGAAAGGAUUCAAUAAAAAUGAGGUCGAAUUCAGUAGUUCCAACUUUCUGGAAAAGGGUUUCCUGUUUAUUCUGUAAUCUGUCCGAUAAUGUAGGGCGAACGUGUACUUUUUCUAUGGCGAAAGAUCAAGCGAUAGACUGCAUGCAGCGGGAAGAAAUUCAACCAUACGGUUUGAUGGAUACGUCGAUAUCUGUAUUUGGGGCAUGAGGAUACCUUGCUGCUUAUCAGAAUCCUCUUGCAUCUUGCUGCCACGAAGCUGUCGACUCGAGGAUUGUUUAUGUCAAGGACAAGAAGUUCGGCUCAAAACCACGCACUGCGCUGCAACUGUUGUUUUUACGCUCAACAGCAACCCCGUGGCUCUAGACAGCUGAAAGAUUACACUCCCAUCUACUACCCCCGGUUUUGCGAAUACACCGGGAUGAUACAUCUCAACAACGUUUGUGGUCCUUCGUGGCAACCCCAGAACGCGUUAAACACCUCAAGCUGCCUCGAGGUAUUUGGCGGCGUGCUCGGUUACAGUUCUGUAUCAACUGUCAAUCAGACGCUAGGCAUCAUCUGACCCCUUCAUAUUUCCAACAUGAGGCUACAUGAGGCGGGAUUUCCACUCUCUUUCAAGGAUAGUUCUAUUCCAGAGGCGGGGGUGUGUUUUCAACAUGAGGCUCCGUAGCCCAUGAGGUGGGGAAAAUGAUAUGAAGCUAUAUAUGGCAAGUUCAAGUCGAGAGGCUUAGCGCUUUGGCGAGAGUCAAUUCGUUUUUUUCGGUCAUUAAUACUGGUUCGCAUCGGUUCGUGGAGCGCUUGGGGCUUGUGGGGGGUCAUUCUGAAAGAAGUCCUUAGCUCCACUGCGUUAGGCGAGACGAGGAGGCGGUUACUUUAGGCAGGUACCAAUCUUUGGAGGAAACGUACAAAGCCCUGCUAGAUCCACGUAUUCCAACUGUGUUUGUGGAAUAGAAAGAACUUUGGAAAACCGUUAGAUGUCUGGAGAGAUUAUACAUCUUAAACGCUGGGUAGGGAGCUACGCGUUUUACAUGAGCGCGAGAAGAUUCAAUUUCGAC